AUGAGCGUCUUCGAUGAUCCAUAUCUGAUCAUGGAAGCUGCCCAUUGGAGGUCUACAUUUGCAGAUACUUGUGUAGAAUCAACAAAAUCUCCAUUUUUUUCCAACUUUGGAAGCAAAUUUGAAAAGAAAGAUAUCGAAAUUGACACAGACGCAAUUCUAAAUUCAAUAUGCAACCAGAUGGCACCAGAAAUACUUGUUUCUUGGAAACAAGAUUCAAAUAUUCCGCAAAGAUCUAAAACAGCUCAAAACUUACGUGAAGGCAGAUCUAGAGGACGCAACAUCAACCCAUACAGAACUCCUCUUGUUACUCCAAAUCAAAGUAGAAGAAAUCAAAAUAAUAAUAAUAACAACAACAAUAAUAAUCCCACUUCUUCAAAAGUUCGCUUUUUGGCACCAUUUUCAUGA